AUGCCGCCUCGACCGUCGAUACGUCUAGGCUUCACCGGCCUCUCCCCGACGCCUCGGAGGGCCUUUGCGCACAAGGCCCGGCAUAGACAUCCACCUCCACCGCCGUUUAACACCGUACCUACAUGCCCGGAGCCGACAUGUGGGUGCGCCGACACCCCCGCCAUGCCGGAAGGUCUACCCCUGGACCGUGAGGGACCGCUCAAGGCUGCUAUUGCUGGGUAUGCGGAGCAGGUGCUCGUUUGCACCGACAAGUCGGAUUGGCCGUCGAGGAUAGAGGAGGAUAAUAGCGGUGAUAACUUGGCGGCGGAUCUGAAGGAGUUGUUUGGACGGGGCGGGACGUAUAGCGAUCCAUUCCACAACGUCUCCGUCCUCAACUCUUCCUUCCCAAGUUCCAUACCACCCCGUGUCGAAGUCCAGACGACAUCCGCGUACCUCCUCCCGAGCUUCAAAUACGUGCCCUUCCUCCCGCGGAUAUCCUUCGACAGCGUCCAAGCCCUCGCCAAGGGCUUCCUCCUGCCCAAGAAGCUACACUCUGCACACGAAGGCCUCUCACCAAUCCACCGCGACCGGCUCACGCGCAAAGAGGCAUACCAGGGACUCCUACCAGGCGUGCAAGACGUGCGGGAUGUGUUGGUGUUGAUAUGUGGACAUGGUGGGCGGGAUGCCAGAUGUGGGAUUAUGGCACCUGUGUUGGAGACAGAGUUUAAAGAGAAGCUGAGGAGUGAGGGAUUGGACGUGCUAGAAGGCGCUGUGCAAGUUCCUAUAGGCCUUGAGGAGGUGCAAAGGAUACAAGGCGAAGCUGGCCCCGAAGGAACAACAGCAAGAGUCGGGCUUAUAAGUCACAUCGGCGGACACAAGUUUGCGGGAAACGUCAUCAUCUACCUCCCGCCGCACAUGAAGAUGGGAGACAUGCCGCAUCCGCUGGCGGGGCAUGGGAUCUGUCUCAUAAUCGGCGGUGCCGGUUAUUACCUCGCCACGCCGCACUCUAAACCAGACACUCUCAACGACAUCUCGUUCGUGCCGUACGCCAUCACGCACCGCGAGGCCAUCUCACCAACCUCGUUUGUCAUCACUAUAGUCCCCCGCAAGCCCAACCCCUCGCCGCCAUAUCUCACUUCCUCGGAUACAAGCUCGCGAUGGAGCCAUCCCCUCUGGUCCGUCGAGUUCAAGCAGCCCGAGGUUCAGAUCUCGAGGCAUUACACGCCCUUGCCACCCCUGGCUAGUGAGGACCCAGCUGAUGGCGCUCUUCGCUUUUACAUCCGUGCCGUUGGUGAUGGUGAGAUGUCCAACUAUCUCGCCCGCAGACAGGUCGGACAGGACGUCUUCCUCCGUGGACCUCACAUAGGCUUUGAGCUUGCUGAACGUCUAGGCGAGCACAAGCGCCUGGUGUUCCUUGCUGGCGGCACUGGUGUUGUACCGGGCAUGCAGGCUGCAAAGGCGGUACUCGAAGCGAGCCCUGAUGCCAGUGUGGAUUUGCUCUGGGCCGUGAGAAAGAGGGAAGAGAUACAGAACAGCGCGGCCCCAAAGCAGUCUUCGUGGAAAUUCUGGCAAGAAAAGAAACCGACUACUCUUGGCCUCCAGGUUGAGAACCCCAGCCCUGUGACCAGGCGUCUACAGGAUCUCAAGGCGACCUACGGUGAUCGCCUAAGCAUUCAAGUCGUGGUCGACGAGGAGGGUACCAAGUUCCAAGAUAAGGACAUUAAGAACACCAUUCUCGCCUCGCCCAGCACUGCAGUUUCACCUAGCUCAGGCUGCCGCUUCCACGACCAGAUGAUGCACGUCCACGCUUCCGAGUUUGCCCUCCCUGAUGCCCCCGGAUGUGCGUGUACGCCACCCAAGGGGACACCAGUUGGCAAGAACCUCUUCAUCGUGUCCGGUCCUGACGGCUUCAUCGAGCACUACGCUGGAGCCAAGAUCUGGCUAGGCGGCCAGCAGACACAGGGACGCGUAGGUGGUAUUGCUGGCCAAAUACAGCGUCAGAAUCCCACAAUAGCACAGGAUUGGCUCGUUCUCAAGAUGUAG